UUUAUUAUAGAAGCACCAUCAUAGUGUCACCGUGGUUUUGCCAAUUUCUCUUGCUGCCUCACCUUAAAUCAGUAUAUAUAAGGUUGGAAACAAAUGGUUCUGCUGAGACUUCAAGGUUUGCAGUGAUUAUACCUCUUCACCAGAUAGUUAACUUUUUUGCUCCAUGUGUGAGUUAUCUAUGCCAUAGUUGUCAAGGCAUUGCCUUGGCAACAAGGUGCUUUUGGGUGGCUUAGAUGAUCGGUCACUUUGCUUGUUUAUGAUGCCUAGAGCCAAUACACGGCAAGGAUUAAAGUAUCGGUAUCGGUCACCGUAUAAGAUACGUAUCGGAGGGUAUCAUAUCAGAGAUACACUAAGACACGCUAAAGAUACACACAUAAAUGGAUAGGAAACAGUUUCUGCUGAAGAAGAGGAAGAGCUCCCAUCACCAAAAGAAAAGACUUCCAGUGCUGCCAUCAGAAAACAGUCGAGAGUUGUUCUCUCUUAUUCAAGCGUAUGGUUGUCAUGGUGCCAAGAAGAGUGUGGUGGCAGCGCACCUAGGUGAGCAAAAUGUUUUUUUGUAAAUAGGGGUAAAAGGCUUAUAUAUAGUAUAUAAGACUUAGUUCCUUAGUUAUAAAAUAAAGAGGGUUUAGGAGUAAAGUAAAAGUAUGCCUUUUAAUUUAAGUGCAAUUAUUACAAAGGGCAUAUUAUUAGUAUUGCAAACCAGAAUCUAAGUAGUCAAAUCGAGAGAAAACGAGGAGAAAGAAGAAAAGGAGGGAAAGGGAGGCUACCGAACUGUAGAGCCCUGCUUCCUAAACUCGGUUUAUUGACCGGUUGGUUCGGUUUGGUCUUGCAGGGUCCGAACUGGAAAGGGUUGACACGGGUGCCCUAUGGUGUAUGACAGCAAGGGUGACGUCAAAUGCGGGGUGGACGGACAAGAUUGAGCCUGUACCCGAUGUGGUUCACACGCCAAAGUCGUGUCCUUGCACAUAUCACAAAGCCAUGUACGAAUAGGAAAGGUAUGAGAUCUUAUUGGAUGAUGAGAACUUGGUCCACGACAGGUGGCGGGAGUGAGAUAUGCGUAAGAACCCAUUUCCCACAAAAAUACAGUAAGGUUGGCCUUGUUUUGGCCAACUGGUGGGUGGUCACUAGUAAGAGUGUGGCCCACCUGUAGGGAAAACGUGGGUUCCCCGUCGUAAUGAAGUCACGUGUGCUCGAUAAUGUCGACUAUUCCACCCAGUAUCACGAUUUAAUUUGCUUUGGUCCAUAAAGGAAUCCAAGAUAUAAAUAGCAUUUAUUUCUCUCUCUCCCAUUUAUGAUUUCAGCAAAAGUUUGGUGAGAAGAGUAAAGAAUAGGGAGAAAAGAGAAAGAAGGGAAGGAAGAGGGAAGAAGCGUUCCCCAUUGAUUUUCGAGGCCGCACCUUACCUUUUCAUCGCCGGAAUAGUGACUGGUGCCUUGAGAUCUGCGUUUUGAGGUAAAUAAUGCCAUAAACCAUUGGAAUAUGAUGAAACCCUCUUGUGUGUAGUCAAAUCAAACGGUUAAUAGAAACCUUAUGUGAUUUUCUUUCAAGGUUUAAGGAAGGAAACCAAGAUCUGAAAGUAUUUUGGUGACAUUUUGAGUUAGGAAAGAGGAUACUAAGCUUUUGGGGUUUCUUGCGCCAAGGUACGAUUUUGUUCCCAAAACCUUGAUGUGAACUUAGAUCUAUGAUAUAUUCAAGUGGAAGAAGUCUAAAAUGUGUGGAAAUGAGGUUAAAACAACCCCCUUGGAUUCCCAGAGGUGGAAUGAAGAAGAGAGGAAGUAUAGCAAAACCCGUUAACACUGGUGGGUAGCAUCGGCGGCUAGUAGACGCACCAGUGUGACCCCCUCAGUCUCGCUGGGCUUUUGGGCCUACAGCGGGUAAGAUGGCAGUACAUAGACCCACCGUGUGCCUGGGCUUUUGGGCCUACCGGCGGGAACUCGCUGGUAGCACCCACCGGUUUUGGGUUAGCCUCGGUCCUACGGCGGGUGGUCAAUCCCACCGGUAGCACCCAUCGUUUGUGUCUUGGUGUGUCUGCCUCGGCAGUUUGCACAGGUGGGUCCUCCAACCCACUGUAUGACCCACCUGUAGUCCAAAUGAGCUCCAUUUGAAUUCAAACUCAUCGACAGCCUUCUUUGCGUUAGUAAACGCGUCAUGACAUAUCUUACGUCAUUUUAUAGUUCGAAACGGACAUAUUCUAAGCCUCUUAUCUGUGUUAGGUUUUAAGAAAUUCUCUUCGCACGUCGGAUCUUACUCGUACCAUGUGCACUUAUUCUCUUACAGGAAUAGGUAAGUGGGGAGAGGAUGUUGAUCUUAAUUUUGGGAGCGUUUAUUGCAUCAUCUUCAUGAUAUAUAUAUAUAUAUAUAUCAUCUUCAUUAUAUAUAUAUAUAUAUAUCAUCUUCAUGAUAUAUAUAUAUAUAUAUCAUCAUGCCAUCUAUUAAUGCCAUCUUCAGGCAUUGCUUGUUUGCCAUGGGAUGCAUUCAUGAAUUGUUAUGUUGUACCUUGAAUUCCAAUAUUUGUUUCUUGCAUUGAAUUAUGAGCAUGGAUUAUUCAUUUGUUGGAUGAUGAUGGUUAGUUGAGCAUGUGAUUAAGUUGCUAGACUAGAUGUGUAGUCGGCUUGGAAACGAAUGUAUUGGUACACCGUGGAAUGAGACACAGAAGUACUUUAUAGUCAUAUUAUCUCAUAUAGGAGCAUGUGGUUAGAAUUUGACAUUCCCUCAUGCUACGACCCUUUCCAAUAGGGGUUUAGGUGUUGGGUUAUCACUGGGGGGAAGCGUCGGUCGCGGACUGCCGUGGUGGUUAGAAGUACACCUGGCUGAUUAAUAGGACAAUUGGAAACCUUGGUGAUAUAUUCAGAGGCUGGCCUUCUCCGACAAGCGUAUAGGCGUAUUGCAGGAUGGAGAACGCGUCUUGAACCUGGGGCAUACACGCAUUAUAGUUAGAUUUGGGUUGAAGCGAGCUGCCUUGAAGGCGACUCAAACCCUAUAACAUUAACCCCAAAGCGUGGAUCUGCUGCGGGGAAUCGACUCAAAACCAGAUCUGGUUCUGCAACUUGCGCCAGGCUUGACUGCAACAGCGUAGUUCACAUUUCAGCUCCUCUGUUUGAAGAUUGGCAGCUUGGAUUCACCACGGUUGGUUAGGCGGCUGGAUCGAUUUCUGGGUUCUCCUUUACCCUGAUUCUGUUUAUCGUGAGGAAGAAGCUAAGUCUUUCUUUUUUACACUUAAGCCCUAGUUACUGAUAUUACAAUAAAGGCCCUGAUUUGAGUUUAUUAUUCCAGUUUAACCCCAUCUCUGUUUUACUUUUUCAGAAUCAACUAUCUCUUUUUGAUUUAAAUCUUUUUGUGUCCUAAGCCAAUUAUCUAAUUCUAAAGGGGUUCUGAAUAGCUCAUAAAUUACAAGUUUGCCAUUAUUUAGAAAUUCCUAUGUAUUAACAGAAUUGCCAUUCUCUUUGAAACUUGAGUUUGAUUACAGUUCUGCCAUUUAGUUGAAGCUCUACUUAAUUACGAAUCUGCCAUUGGUUAUUGCUAUUGUUUAUUGAGCAUCCCGGUGGGCCUUUAAGCUAUUCGAUUCCUGUUCUUGGAACCCGGAUCCGCAUCAAUAAGUAAGAAAAUUCACUAAAUAUGUCUCAAAUUUUCAAUUAUUUGAUUCAAAGAACUCUCAAGACUCAAUUCGAGUUGCAUAGAACGAGUCUCGACUUUUUCAAUGGCAGCACUGGAAGUCUGGGAAGGAACACUUCCUUCCUCAUCCUCCUCUUCUAUGGUAGCCACAGUGGCAGUGGUAGUGGCUCCUCUUCCUCUUUUUCAGCGGCAGCUUUUGCUGCUGCCACUGUUACGACUUCUUAUCCUUCUUCCUCCUUUUAUGGUUGCGGCGGUGGUGGCUCUUUAUCUUCUUCGGAGUCAUCUGCUUCUUCUUUAUCUUCUUCUUACGCUGCUGCUGCUGUGGCGGUGACAUUGCCAGUGACAGUGCUUCUGCUUCUUCUCCUCCUUAAGCUGCUGCUGCCCUAUUUUCCCUACUUUCCCAUCAUUUCCCCUGUUUUCCACCCUUUCAAACCAUUUAUACCAUAUUUUGGAUCUAGGUGCGCUAAACAAACUAGGCUACCAAUUGCCCAAGCCACCCAAAAGCACCUUGUCGCCUAAGUGGCGCGUAGGCGACGCCUUAACAACUAUGCUCUAGCGUCCACCUGCAACUUGAGAGUUCUUCUCUUGAAUCGAAUAAUUGAGAUUUCAUUAGUAAACUAUAUUAUUUAUAGAUAUGCCCUUUGUAUAUCUUACUCUACUCAUGGCCCCUCUUUAUAUCUAUAACUGAGGAAAUUUAGUAUUCUUUAUUACACAUGAGCCACUUAUCCCCCUUUCACAUACAAAUGCUUUACUUGACUAGGUGAUGCCUAGGCACCCGCCUAGGUGCCAAGGUGCCCUGCCACUGCUUUGGCUCGCCUAGGAGCUGUGCCAACUGUGAUCCAUGCCUUACACUGUUAUACUCGCUCGGUCCCUCCACCACUUUUUUGGGACCCUUAUCUGUUCCUGACCAAGAGGCAGUGAAGCAAUCGCAGUGGAAGUAUUUGGAGGAGAUUCAAUGGUUUGAUGUGAAAAACAUGAUGUGAAGUUUGCCAUCAAGGUUGAUGCUACGAGGACCAGAUAUAAGAGAAAAGUGGGGAACUUGGAAAGAGAACAAAAUGCGUAGCUCACUUUUGUUAGAAAAUGAAUGGAGAGGCAAUCAUAUGUCUUUUCUAUUCCACUGUUCUCACUUCUCAGGUGUCCCUGGAAAGUCAAAUCUCACCAUCUUACCUACAUCUGUGUUUGGGUCUUAGGAUCUAAAGAAGAGUGACAUCUAACAAACUAGAAGUCUCUCUCUCUCUCUCUCUCUCUCUCUCUCUCUCUCUCUCUCAGUUUUUAAGGUUUGAAGAACAGAAGAGAUAAAUAGAAAGAGAAAGGGAGAGUAUGCAAAGUGUCAGGUAUUAUGGUUUCUCACUGAAAACGUCAUAUCCACCUGGAAAUUCAUCUAAUUACUCAAUGACUCAGCUGGUUUGAUGGUUGAACUGCCCCAGUUAAAUGAAUCUUAAAAAAGCAACAAUUUCUUAAGGUGGGUCAGGGGUUAUUCCAACCCAUUUCCUUUAGCAGAUGAAAAGUCAACCAGGUUCAACAGGCCAGUCCAGUCCAGUCCAGUCCAGUUCAGGUUUGAGAACAUUGUUAUUCAGUAAAAAGCAUAAAACAAUGAUGUGUAAAUACUAACAUGCAUCGCUGGGGCAGAUACUAGAUAGCAGUGAGGAACUUGCAUUUCUAGUGUGGGAGGUGAUACCUCUAGACAUCUGGGGUUGUAUAACGUUGUCCAAAAACAGAAAGACCUAUAGUUGCGUCUAAUCUGUCUCCCUCCUCUCAUGGUUGUAUCUCACCUAGGACCUUUAAUUUAUGGCACAUCAGCAUAUGAACUGUAGAAAUUCCUUUUAAUUUGUCUCCUUGUUGGGUCUUACUCCAAGAACAGGCUCUAUGGGGCUUUUGCAUCUCUCUCUCUCUCUCUCUCUCUCUCUCUCUCUCUCUCUCUCUCUCUCUUCCUUCCUGGCCUCUCUUCCUCCCUGCCCUCCUCCUACUGAGCUUCUUCUUCCACCACACACCACUUACACACCUCCCCUUAUCCUCCUCCUCCUCCUCCUCCUCCUCCUCCUCAUCAUCAUCAUCAUCCAUUACUGUGUUCCCCAUUUUGUCUCCAUGACUGCAAUCCAAGCCAAUCAGCUAAGACAGCUGAAAGAGAUUUUUACGAGGUUCGACAUGGAUUCUGAUGGAAGCCUUACCCUUUUGGAGCUCGCGGCGCUUCUACGUUCUCUUGGGAUAAAACCAACAGGAGAUCAGAUUCAUGUAAUGUUAGCUACCAUGGAUUCUAAUGGAAAUGGUUCUGUGGAAUUUGAAGAAUUGGUGAAUGCUAUAUUACCAGAUAUGAAGGAAGAGAUAUUGAUCAAUCAAGAACAACUAUUGGAGGUAUUCCGGUCUUUUGAUAGAGAUGGUAAUGGAUAUAUAACUCCGGCAGAGCUAGCUGGUUCAAUGGCGAAGAUGGGUCAUCCUUUAACAUAUAGAGAACUUACAGAGAUGAUGAGAGAAGCUGAUAGUGAUGGUGAUGGUGUUAUCAGUUUCAAUGAAUUCGCGACGAUAAUGGCAAAAUCCGCUGCUGAUUUCCUCGGACUUGCAUCUAUCUCGUAGCCGGAAAAUUUGUAUGUUGAGGUUGUUAACAUUUUAUGGCAAUUCUAAGCACCAUUUUCACCACCACCACCACCAUCAUCUUUCCAUCUAAUCUCUAAUAUUUUUCUCUCUUUUUAUUUUUUAUUUAUUUAUUUUUUUUUUGAUGAAGAGAUCCACAGCUCUAAUAUUAGGUGGUUUUUGAAUUCGAGUUGUUUUUUCUUAGAACUGAUGGCCCAUCAGUUCUUCUUGUUAGGUUUCUUGGUAGGAAUUCAAUGUGGGGCUAAUCUUGAACAAGAGUUUGUAAAGAGAAAAAAGAAUGGAAAGAAAGGAAGCAAUUUCUGAUCUAAUUCCUUCCUCAUAGGGGGGAACAUUCAAUAGAUCUUUCAAAAAUUUUCUUUUUCCUGGUUA